UAGUUUUACUAGAUUUGUACAAUGGGGGAAGCAUGUCUAUGAUGUCGAAUCAGAGAAAACAAUCUGAUCCAGUUGUGGGAUUGAGGUACCGAGCCGGGCUCAGCUCUGGGGAGUGCUAUGGCACUCGUUACUCCCCUGAAGCGUCUCCGCAGGAUGAUAAACUCCCCAAUGGCGGACGCGGUGGUUAUGCUAGUGGGAUUGGGAACUUUUUAGAUCGACAAGGAGGGCGGGGUGGUGGAUAUUCAACUACACAUCGUGGUUUUGGUGAGGAUGAUGAGUCAUCAGUUUACUCGGAAGCAAGUUCUAUUCCACCUCCUAGGCACGAAAGGGGAACUGUGCUUGAGAAAAAAUUCAAGGCGGCCACCAAUUUCUCUGGCAUCAGUUCGUUGUCGAAUGUGGAGACAUCGAGAGAGAAUAAGAUUGAUGGCGGUAUCCCCAGUGCUCCUCCGUUCAAUGACUCUUCGCAUAUCAAUCAAGUUCGGGAUUCUCGAGCUGAUGCUAAACCUUCCUUAAGAACAUCAGGUGCUACUGAAGCUAGUACCGCUGAAGCAUCAGUGAGGGCUUCUGCAGUUCCCUCUCAUCCUUUACCUUCUAAAUAUCCUACAUUUCAUGCAAGUGGGCUGGGUUACUGGUACGGUGUUCUCUCCUAUGAUGCAUGUGUAAGGCUCUGUCUUAACUCCUGGGCCAAGGGCUGCAUGGAAGCUCCUGCAUUUUUGGAAAAUGAAUGUGCAUUGUUGAGGGAUGCAUUCGGGUUGAGAAACAUAUUGUUGCAGUCAGAGGACGAACUUAUGAAAAAGCAGAACACAGAGCUUGUUAGUGAAGGAGCUUCUGUGAAGGCCAAAAAAACCAUUGGCAAGAUUAAAAUUCAAGUGCGUAGAGUGAGAAUGGGGCUGGAUGCACCUACUGGCUGUGCGUUUGCAUCAUCUCUGAAGUCGUCAUCUAUGGUGAAGUUGGAUUCCCUCCAACUUCGACUGUCGAACAUGAAGACUGUCCUCUCUGCUGAGAGAAAAGCAUUACAAAGAGAACGUGUAACCCCGGUGAUGCGUAUUAGUGGUUCUAAGUUGCAGCAAAGUAUGACGUAUGUCGUUGUGGGAACUCGUCAGUGUCUAAAAGAAGUGCCUGUGCUAAUCAAAGUUGGAUAUGGUGCGUGGAGGAGCAGUUCGACAUCUCACGAAGAUGUUCCUCCUGAAUCGUACACCUGUUUGUUGAAAUUGAAAAGUUCUCCUGAAGAGGAUACAGUGCGAAUGCAGCCGGGAUCUGGUGAAACUCGUGUAUUCUUGCCAGAUGGACUUGGAGAUGAUCUGGUAAUCGAAGUCCAUGAUAAAAAGGGAAAAUAUUGCGGUAAUGCUGUACUUCAGGUGGCUGAUAUUGUUGAUGAAUCGGGGGAGAAGCUUCGGUCAUGUUAUAUAUAUAGUGAGCCAGAGCACGAGCAAGUAGGGAAAAUACAAUUUAGCAUUAAUUACUCAACUACACUAGAUGAAAACAGUCACAAGUGUACAUCUGUUGCGGAGACCAUUGCGUAUGACUGUGUGUUGGAGACUGCAAUGAAAGUCCAACAGUUUCAGCAAAGGAACUUAUUGCUGAAUGGAUCAUGGAAGUGGCUGGUCAAUGAGUUUGCCGCUUAUUUUGGAGUUUCCGAUGCAUAUACAAAACUUAGAUAUCUUUCAUACGUUAUGGAUGUCGCCACACCAACUGCCGACUGUCUAAAUUUGGUGCACGAGUUGCUGCUACCUGUUGUAAUCAAAGGCAAAAACAAGAAUACGCUGAGUCACCAAGAGGGUCGUAUUUUGGGAGAAGUCUCUGAGGAAGUUGAGGAGAUGCUUACAUUGCUUUUCGAGAGUUAUAAGUCACUUGAUGAGUCGUCGCCCUCGGGCAUAGCAGAUGUGUUUGGACCUGCUACUGGAGUUGCGGCACCUGCUUUGACACCUGCUUUGAAACUUUACAAGCUUUUGCAUGAUAUACUUUCUCCUGAGGCACAGGCGAAGUUUUGUCGAUAUUUUCAGAAUGCUGCAAAGAAGAGGUCCAGAAGGCAUUUGUCAGAAACAGAUGAGUUUGUUUCGAGCAGCACAGAUAAUACAUUGAUGGAUCCGUUGGCUUUAUCUACUGCUUAUAGGAAAAUGAAAUCACUUUGUUGGAAUGUCAGAAACGAGAUUCUGACUGAUAUUCAAAUCCACAAGCAGGAUCUUCUUCCCAGUUUUGUAGAUCUUCCGAACCUUUCGUCGUCCAUAUACAGCACGGAGCUCUUCAGUAGGUUAAAGGCAUUCCUCGUUGCAUGCCCGCCUGCAGGACCAACACCACCUGUUGUUGAACUCGUCAUGGCUACUUCUGAUUUUCAAAGGGAUCUUGCCUUAUGGAAUAUUAGUCCUGUUAGAGGCGGGUUUGACGCUAAAGAGUUGUUUCACAUGCAUAUAACCCGUUGGAUCCAAGAGAAGCGUCUCGCUUUGCUUGAAUUUUGCAAGUUUGACAAGGUAAAAUUUUCCAGCCUACCAACACAGCACUCGACAACUUCUUUCGUUGAUGACAUCUAUGAGAGGAUAAAAGGGACGCUUUCCGAGUAUGAUGUCAUAAUCAGUCGAUGGCCGGAAUACACUUUUACACUGGAAAAUGCCAUAGCAGAGGUUGAGAAGGCCGUCGUUGAGAGCUUGGAGAAGCAGUAUGUCGAAGUUUUAUCUCCACUGAAGGAGAACUCAAUGCUGCCGAUUAAAUUGGGUCUCAAAUAUGUCCAGAAAUUCGCAAAGGGACAUGGCGGUCCUUACAACGUCACCAGUGAUUUAGGAGUGGUGCUGAAUUCAAUGAAAAGGUUGCUCGAUGUGCUACGUCCCCAGAUAGAAGCACAGGUGAAGUCUUGGGGCUCUUGCAUUCCUGAAAGCGGAAAUAUGGCACCCGGAGAUUGUCUCAGCGAGGUUACGGUGAUGAUUAGAUCGAAAUUUAGAGCUUAUGUGCAAGCCGUCGUCGAUAAACUCGUUGAAAAUAUGAAUCUACAUAAUGCUACAAAGCUCAAGAAGAUAAUCCAAGAAGCGAAAGAUCACGUGAUAGUAUCUGAUUUACGACAGAGGAUGCAACCUUUGAAGGAAUUGGUUGCCGGUACCAUAGAUCAGUUGCACGCCGUAUUUGACACUCCGGUCUUCAUCAAUAUCUGUCGAGGUUUCUGGGAUCACACCGGGCAGGAUAUCCUGAAGCUGUUGGCUGACAGGAAAGAGAACAAAUCUUGGUAUAAAGCUUCACGAGUCGCUGUUUCGGUUUUAGACGACACGUUUGCUUCCCAGAUGCAGCAGUUGCUUGGCAACGCGCUGCAGGAGAAAGACCUCGAGCCCCCACAGCGGAUCAUGGAAGUGCGAUCCAUGCUGUGUAAAGAUGCCCAGAAUCACAAGGACAACUACUUGUUCUAGAGGAAGGUGCUGCAAAGUGCGGCUCGUUGGAGCUAUGGUGCUCGAUUAAAAAACACGGGUUCACCUAGUUUGUCGGGGCGGGAUGUGGGAUGUAAGGGGCACGAUCUCGGGGAAGGAGGGUACGUGGUAAUUUUGAAUGGAAGAGUAAAUAUAGUAAAGGCCAAUUUGUAUGGCUUCAUAGUUUUUUGUAUCUAAUAUUGUUUUAGGCCACAUUGCUGUUUUCGAGGCUUUUUUUUGUUCAAAUUAAUCUUUGAGUUAGAUGUAAAGAAAUGGGUGGGGUAAUAUUCAAAUUAAUUUUGAAAUAUCAACAGAGAUAGAUGUGUGAUUUCUUAUUGAAAUUUAUGUUUUAGAUCAUUCAAA